AUACAUAUAUGUAUCUCGAGGGCCUUGUUUUUAGUAUCAACACUUGGACUUUGCUGAAAUUAAUACAUCUGAACUAAUGUCUGUUAAAUUUCGUUUGAUCUAAAUUUAAGUGUAUUUCCAAAACAUCAUUUACUGAACCAUCUUUCGCAAAAUGUUCCUACUUCGGUCCUUGCUCAUGUCGCCACAAUUGCAGCAGCGUUGGAUGUCUUCUGAUCAGAAAUUGCACUACCAUUGGAGGCCAGUGCCCGUGGAGAUUCCGACUCGAAGUUCCAUUGUAACUGAUCAGAAGAGACCACCGUUGCUGUUGGUCAAGAGUUUUUUAAAUUUGCGGCAUAUGAACAACGAUUAUGGGCAGAAUAUAAUGCGAGUUACGGAUGAGCUCAGUUUCCAGCCACAUCGUAAUAUCUUCAUCGAUAUCAUUCCAUUGACGGACGAACGUUAUGUCAAAGUCGAUAGCAAUGAAGACGAGGUGACAAAGGAAGAAGAACUUCCGGUUCCGUUUGCAGUUUCCGACUCCUGAAAUUAUAUUUAUUUAUUUACAACAAAAAUGUAGGAAUAAUAUUGUAUUUUCUUACUGUGGCUUAAAAACAUUUCCAAAUGUUUGAUUCUUCCUGAUCGGUCAAAUUUAA